AUGGAAGAAGAGAUGGCUAUUGAUACCCAUGGAGAAAUUGAGUUCUCCGUAGAGCUUCUCAAGAAAUACUUUGAACUGCUGUUCCCAUCCAAGGGAAUGUAUGACUGGCUUACUUACUACCAACCAGAAAUGAAAGAUACAGAGGGAAAACCAAAAUCAGAUUAUUUCUAUAGGCGUGAGUUCUCCUUUACACUUGAGGGUGGCAUUUACGUUAGGUACAACUGCUUUAAGAAUGAAGAGGAGUUUAAGCAGACUCUUAUUGAAAAAUCUCCUGAGAAGAUAGAUAUUGGAGCUGUGUUCAACAUGCCUCCCAAGAAUCAUAGCUCUGUAGAAUCGAGAGCUUUUAUCCCACAAGAGAAGGAACUUGUUUUUGAUAUUGAUAUGACUGAUUAUGAUGAUGUAAGAACUUGCUGCGAAGGCGCCAAUGUAUGUCUGAAGUGAUGGAGGUUCAUGUCAAUUGCAACCAAGAUCAUUGAUAAGGUUAUGAGAGAAGAUUUCGGGUAUAAGCAUCUCCUUUGGGUUUUUUCAGGUAGAAGAGGAGUACAUUGUUGGGUCUGUGAUCCAUCUACCAGAAAAUUGACCAAUGAAGCUAGAUCAGCUAUAGCAAAUUAUCUUACUGUUCAUGUAGGAAAUGAGAUGGGGAGCACAACAGCAAAGAUUGAUUUUGUAGCACACCCAGCUAUUUCAAGAGCUAAAGAUAUUAUAAAAGAAGAAUUUACAGAUAUUAUGAUGAGAGGACAAAAUAUUCUCUCUAAAGAAGAGCAAAGAAAGAAGCUUAUUGAGAUGCUUCCAGAAGAAGACGUAAGAAAUCAUCUUAAGACUAAUUGGGACAGAUAUACCGAUUACGAAGAUCAAGAAAACAGCGUUAAGCUUUGGAACAUCUUCACUGAAAUUGCUGGAGACAAAGGGGGGAAAUUGCGCAAGUCAUACAGAACAGAUUAUGUCACUUCAGCAAUGAUUACUUUCCUUUACCCAAGGAUAGAUGCAAAUGUCUCUAAGGGAAUUAAUCACUUACUGAAAUCUCCUUUCUGUGUGCAUCCGAAGACAGGAAAAAUCUGUGUUCCUUUCGAUCCAUCUAAGGUAGAUGAAUUCGACCCUUGAAAUUGACCAACCUUGUUAAAUGCCAUGAAUGAGUACGAUGCCAUGGCAAGCAAAGGAGAAGAUCCCAUUGAAAGUUUCAAGACAGUCCCAAGCUUAAGAGAAAGCUUUGGAGUAUUUUCCAAAUUCCUCAGAGGUCUCAAGAAGGAAUACACAGAAGUCAUCGCUAAGGAAAAGAAGUUGCUUAAGUCACAGGUUGACAGCAUGGAUGUUGGAAGUGCAUUCUAA